CUGCGCUUGUACCCCAACACGCUUGACGAACACACUAUACUCCUUUCACAUUCUUUAGUCUCGACUGAGGCGGGGUUGAUUUACAGUUCCCUUCUUAGCACAAAACACAACAGCGUACUAUUACGCCAACCGAAAAAUGCCCUCACUUAGCGAACCAUCGGAGCAUACCCCCAGUGAGCAGCUGCCACCGAGACCACCUAUCAACUUUAUCUCCUUUGACCCAGUUUCCAUUGAAAUACCUAUGGAGGCCUUCUACCGCGAGCACCAGGUAGAUUCACCGGGAAGGAUAGUGAAGUAUCGCUAUGUAACUACGCCCUCCGCUGUGGCGUGCAGGAUAACAGUCGUUUCGCUUUCUACCAUCAUAAAUUGGCGAGCGGACAUCCCCGAACUGGCACCUCCGGGUACUCUCUUCAACAAAACAGAUGGUCUGUACUACGAAGACGAGGUCGUUCCGUCACAGAGCCAAACGCCACCCGGCGACAAGCCAACAUUCGAGUCAUGUGUUCGACGGGUAAACUCGCAUGCUCCUACUACCGUACAGCAUCCACCGAUGUCUCAUGACGAAACUCAGUCCGCCGCCGGCUUCGUAGCGGGUCAUGCUCAACGCACUCCGGAAGGUCCCUUGCCCGACGAGCAGCCCCACAUGAGUCAUUCAGACAAGGACGAACGCUACAAAGCCACUGAAGAACCUCCCUCAAGAUAUGCGUCGCAGUUGGCAGGAAGCUCUCUCAACGAGGAAGUUAUUGGGCACAACUGGGUUAAGCCCGGGGUGGAAAACAGACGGGCACAUGGAUCAAUGACUACACCACCCGGUUUACGACGUGGCAGGAGUGCAGUCGGUGGAGUAUGCCGCGAAUGACUGGCCCACGAAGCAACGUGCAUCAC